GAUUUCCAUUACUGCGCAGGCAGUAAAGGCUCUAUACUCCCCCCCCCCCCCCUCUCUCUCUCCUCUCCUCGGGUGAAGCAGAAUUACUGGAAAGCGAUUUUCAGCAAAUUUGGCUAAUGUUAUUGAAAUAAAAAGUUUAAUCAAUUGAUGAUGAUGGAUAAGAGGACGCCUCAUUUUCUGGAAGUUUUCCUUCCUAAUUUGAGUUCAGACAGACUGAAAGUUCCAUCUAAAUUUGUUGAGUACCUUGCGGACCGAACUUCUGGACCUCUCUCAUUGAUAGGACCAAGUGGUAACGUAUGGUACGUUGAUCUGCUUGAGCUGAAUGGUCACUUGUAUUUCCGUGAUGGAUGGCCUACAUUUGUGAAAGAUCAUUCUAUACAGUGUGGUGAUACUCUAGUUUUCAGAUACAAUGGGAGUUCAAAUUUCAAUGUACAAAUUUUUGAUGAAAGCUCAUGUGAGAAAGACGAAGCCUUUUAUGCAGAUUGCAGUCAAGGAGCUUCUAAAUGUUAUGAAAACUUGGAAAAGAAAAGAGAAAGGGAUAUGGAAGCUUCCAUGUUAAGUUUAGUUGCUGAAAAGAAAAUGAGGGUCAGGUGGGUGCCUGUUGGAAAUGGAGAGAAAAAUUUUAAAACAUGUACCAAGGAAGGUCAGAAAAGUAACAAAACUGCAAAUGGGCGUGAUAAUAGGACAAAAGACUUAGCAACGGCAUCUGACACGACAGUCGUCUUAGCUAUUCCUUCUCUUAACGGACCUGAUGGUAGGGCAAGUCAAGUAAAAUUUCAUGUCAAGAAAAUUUCUCCAAAAGUGAUGUCUUCAAAAGUGAAGAAAGUCUCUAAGAAGGAUCAAAUGACCGACUUCCAGAAAAUUCCCAGCAUAUCAAAGUUCAUACAGUCAAGAGCUGCUAAUUACUUCACGUCCAAUUUACCAUAUUUUGUCAGAGUUAUGUGUUAUUCCAAUAUCAGUGGAAAUGGUACUAUGAAAAUUCCUACUUAUUUUUCGAAAGAUCAUCUCCCAAAAUGCCGAGUCAAAGUCACCCUCAUGAAUCUAAAUGGAGACUGCUGGAUGGUAAAUUCUAUUCCAGCUGUAAGGCGACAGGCAACACUGCAUAGUUUUUGUGGUGGUUGGCCAGCCUUUGUUCGUGAUAAUAGUAUCAAGAUAGAAGAUGUAUGCAUGUUUGAACUUGUGAGUAAUUUUGAAAUGCGUGUACGUGUUCUACGGCCGGGUUUGGAAGGGUUAGAAUGUCAAAUUGGAAACAGUUCUGCUGUUGAUGGUGUUGGAUUGGGUGGGAGACAUCUUGAAGCUGCUGAAAAUGUAGCACACCGUACUGGAGCCCAUCCUUUACAAGAAUUAGAUCAAACAUAUGAACCAUGUACACCUCAAUAUAAAAUGGAUAAAAUUAAAACAGAUGCAAUGCCUUACAUGCAGCAAGAGGCGGCGUCUAUUAAUACAGUUGACGACUUUAUUGCAGUACACGUUCCUGCUUGUGCUUCCGGAUCCUCCAUUGGUACAAAUUGUGAUUCUACAGCAGAUAAACAUCUAGUAUGUUAUACUGGGAAAACUAUGUCAUAUCAAGCAAAUGAAAAUAGCCUGGUAGAUUUACAAGCCACACACAGUAUGAACAUGCAGCCUGCAGUUGGAGAAGUCAGUGAUGCCCUAUCUUUCACUUCCCCUUUUCCUAGUUUUAUGAAGGUUAUGAUGAAUUCCAAUGUUGGUGGAUCAUUCACUCUGAAUGUCCCGAGUAAGUUUGCAGCUGCACAUCUUCCGAGUUACAAGGCUGAGUUAGUGCUCCGUAAUUUGAAAGGGGACUCUUGGAAUGUUGUUUCAGCUCAUUAUGGAAACUCGACAAAGUUCUGUGGAGGCUGGAUGUCAUUUGCACGUAUGAAUGAUGUGAAAGUUGGGGAUAUAUGUGUCUUUGAACUUCUGGAUGAGAGGUUGUUGCAAGUGCGUGUAUUUGAGGGUAGCCACAAGAGACCAGAUUGUGUGUAUGAUAAAGCUGUAGUUGAUGAUUCAACAGCUUCCAUUGAGUCUACUGAAUAUGGACUUUUGCCUGAGACAUUUAUUGAUUGAAACAGGUGGUCGAUUUUCUAAAGUUUCAGCCUGAAGAAUAUGAUUCAAAAUCAUUUGUAUCGGUAAUCUGUCGAUAAAAUCAGGGCAUAAUUUUCCUGGAGUCGUUUGAUAGUCACAACUGUAUAUUCUUUUCUCAGCUGUACUCUCUAUCAAGAACUGAACUAAAUUGUUCUGUGUUUUCAGUGUAAUGUAGUAGUCUUGAUGGGUUUGAAGUACAAAUCUGGUGGUAUUAGCAGAAUAAAAUGUCUUGUAUAUAAGAUUAUUCUGGUGGAUUUUUAGAGAUUUAUGGAUGUAUGGACUAUUAGUACCUAUUUUUUUUAUUUUUAUUUUAUUUUAUUUUAUUUUUUAAUUUU